UGAAAAUUUGAGAUAGAAAAUAGAAAGAAUUGAACUUUUGAAGGUUAAAAAUAUUAUAAAAAAAUUUUGCCAUAUAUUUUCAUACCAAAAUAAUUAAAAAUAUUAGAAACCUUAGAUCGAAAAAUACAUUCGAUCGAUCUUAUUAUUAAGAUAUUAAAAGAUAAACAUUAUGCUUGAAAAAAAAGAUAUAAAAGCUCUACCACCAAAACCCUUACUCGAAUCAAGAAAAAGCAGUGUAGAUGAUAUUAAUUUAGAUCAGUUUUUAAAAACAACUAAUUAUGAGGACACAGUAAAGCAAUUGGAUAUAUAUUAUGGAAUCGUUAAAAGGCAACUCUUACGUUAUCAAAGUCCAAUCACAGGAAUGUUUCCUGUAAUGUCAACAAAUACGGAUGUUGCUAGUGUAAGGGACAGUAUAUAUUGUUGUGCUGCGGUGUGGAGUUUAUAUCAAGCAUAUAGAAGAAUUGAUGAUGAUCGUGGUAAAUCUUAUGAGUUAGGCCAAUCAGCAGUCAAAUGUAUGAGAGGUAUAUUAGAAUGCUGGAUCAAACAGGCUGGAAGAGUUGAAUUAUUCAAAAAAAGGCAGAGUAAUCAACAUGCUCUUCAUAGUAAAUUUCAUUUACAUACAGGUGAAGAAAUUUAUUCUGAUGAGUUGUAUAAUCAUUUACAAAUAGAUGUUGUGUCUCUCUAUAUAAUAUUUUUGGUUCAAAUGAUAACUUCUGGACUUCAAAUAAUUUAUACACAAGAUGAAGUUGCUUUUGUUCAAAAUUUGGUUUACUAUGUCGAACGUGCUUAUCGUACUCCGGAUUUUGGAAUGUGGGAACGUGGCUCUAAAUAUAAUAAUGGUACACCUGAAAUUCAUGCUUCUUCAAUUGGCAUGGCAAAGUCAGCUUUAGAAGCCAUAAAUGGAUGUAAUUUAUUUGGUGAAAAAGGGGCAUCUUGGAGUGUUGUUUAUGUUGAUAUUGAUGCACAUAAUAGAAAUAGAAGUAUUUUUGAAACAAUGCUUCCUCGGGAAUCAAGCUCAAAAGGUGUAGAUGCCUCUUUGUUGAUAACAUUAUCCUUCCCAGCUUUUGCCAGCCAUGAAGAAAGGCUUGUUGAUCAAACAAAAUCUAAUAUAGUGAAACGAUUAAGAGGAAAGCAUGGUUUUAAAAGAUUUAGCCGCGAUGGAUAUUUAAGUCAAUUAGAGGAUAAAACAAGACGUUAUUAUAAUAAAGGUGAAAUUAAAGAUUUUGAAGGUAACGAAGUUGAAUGGCCAAUCUUUUAUGUGUUUAUGAUAAUUGAUGGAGUAUUUAAGAAUAAUAUUGAACAAAUUGAAGAGUAUCAAUCAUUAUUAAGACGCUGCAUGUAUUUUGAUCAAAAUAACGAUCCAGUUGUAACAACAUUUUAUUCACCUGAUGGUAAAGGUUCUUAUGAAAAAGCUUCAGCAAAAGCAUUAUUUUUAUGGGGCCAAGCAAUGUUUAUAAUUGCUCAAUUACUUACUGCCAGUUUAUUACAUAUUAAUGAAUUAGAUCCAAUAAGACGUUAUUUACCAAGUUAUAAUCGCCCGCGCAAAGCAGGAAGGUAUUCUGCUUUUCAAGCGAAACCAGGCACUGGAACAGCAACUGAUUUAGUUGUUCAAAUUGUAUUAAUUGCUGAAUCAAUGAGACUUCAGGCAAUGAUGGCAACAUAUGGUAUUCAAACUCAAACUCCUCAUGAGGUUGAACCAGUUCAAAUAUGGUCAUCAACAGAAUUAAUUAAAGUAUACUCUCAUUUGGGUGUUAAUAAAAAAAUUGGUUUAACUGGUCGUCCUGGUCGUCCAGUUGGUUCAUUGGGUACCAGUAAAGUUUAUAGAAUUUGCGGCAUGACAGUUUUAGCUUAUCCUUUAAUAUUUGAAGUUUCUGAUUUUUAUCUUUAUCGUGAUAUGGCAUUAUUAAUUGAUGAUAUUAAAACUGAAUUACAAUUUGUUGGUAAAUAUUGGCGUUUAUCUGGUCGUCCAACAGUUUGUCUAUUAAUUCGUGAGGAACAUAUGAGAGAUCCACAAUUUAAAGAGAUGUUAGAUUUAUUAGCAAUGUUAAAAAAAGGUUAUUGCGAUGGUAUUAAAGUUCGUAUUGGACGUUUACAAAAUUUAAUAUCAAGUUCCUGUAUAGAGCAUUUGGACUUUAUAAAUCAGAGUGAUAUGCCAGAAAAUGAAAAUGCUUUUGCACAAAUUAAUCAUGAAUAUAUUGGCUAUCAAAGUUUAACAGAUGUUCCUAAAGCACAAAAUUAUAUGGAGGAUAAAGUUAACUUAGAUAGUUUCAAAACGAAACCGACAUAUGAUAUUGUUGAAACAUUACGUAAAACAGAAUCAAUUUAUUGUCAAUGUCAGUUAUGGGGAAUGUUAUUACAUCGUGAAGGAGCUAAUUAUGAAGUUAAUGGUUUGACAGUUGAUCAAGCAUUACAUCAAUUAUAUAAUCGAUCUGGUACAUUAAGAUAUUGGAGAGCUGUACGUUAUUGUAGCUCUUUAUUACGACAUAUUGUCGAUUCAAUUAGUCCAUUUAUUACAACAGUAUUAGUAAAUGGCAAACAAAUUACAGUUGGUGUUAUCGGACAAAAAGAAACUGUAUUUGAUAAACCAAUGACACCUGCUGAAAUUCAAGAUGUAAUGUAUACACAUGUUCAACCAUAUGAUGUUAUUCAAGCAGUACUUCAACAAGAAGUUGUACUUUAUUGUGGUCGUUUGAUUGCUACAAGUCCUGAUAUGUAUCGUGGCAUAUUAAAAAUCCGUGUCGGAUGGGUUUUAGAAGCUAUGAGAAUUUAUUUGCAAAUUUCCGGGCAAACAAAUGUUGAUAUAGAUAAUCUAUCACCUUUCCAAAUUCGAGUUUUAUUACAAAAAGUUUUAACAGUUCGUGAUUGGGCUGACGAUGAAAAAUUAACAAUAUUUCAAAGAAGGCAGCUAGAAGGAUGUCUUUGCCGUGUGCCAAAAAAUUUUUAUAACAUGGUUUGGGAUAUUUUAAUUAAAACACCUCAAGGUAUCAAAACACAAAAGUAUCAUUUACCUGCAUCACCAACUUUAACAAAUAUGAGCCGAGGAGAGCUGUCAUUUUCAUUACUUGUUGAAGAGAUUUUAAUUUGUAUAUCGAAACCUGAAAGAAGGCAAAUUAUAGUUGAAUUGUUAUGCAUCAUUGCAACUAUUUUGAGCAGAAAUCCCGAAUUAUGCUUUCAACAGCCCUUAGAUUUGGAUGAAAUUUUGCAUGAAGCUCAUAUAAUGCACCGUAAAGAUAAUCACAUGGAAGGAAAAGAUGAUGAUAUGAGUGCAUUGUAUACACUACCAUAUUCUGAAACGAUGGGAUAUUUAGCUCGAGCUGCUGUCAAUAAAGUUUUACAAGGUGGUGUAUUAACAAAUCUUGAAGAUGAAUAUCAAGACGAAGAAGCUUGUAAAAUAUCUUAAGUUCAUGGAAUUCAAUAAAAAUUGUUUCAGUUAAAAUUCAUCAUUAUUGUUACAUCUUGUUUUUGAAAUUAAAACAUAUUACUCGAA